UUAACGGGAAUCCCGAGCAACAAACAGGAAUGAAUAAAAAGAAAAAAGAAAAAAAGAAAUUAAAAAAUACAUGAAAUUUCAAGGCAGAGCUUGUGAUUCAAUUUAAUAAGUGAUCAGGGAAGUCCCGGGGUAAAAGAUGACGAAUAAGAAAGAUAAAAUGAUGAAGAAAAAUAAAAAAAAAGAAAGAAACGAAAUCUAUACGCGUACCUUUCACGCAAAGUGUAUAAACGUAAAAGCGAGGUAAGCGUCAAGGGCGUACAAUGAACCCUGCAAUAUAGUAAAAUUUCAAAUGGGUAACAUGAUGUACGUUAAGAUCAUGUACGAGGACAAAUAAGAAAUUAUAAUCAUACGUAAAUGGAGUAAAAAGAAAAGAAAUGCAAGAAGAAAAAAUAAACAAAGGAAGAUUAAAGGGAAACCACCUCCCAACUUACCUACCAUCUCCAAGUAUCAAGGUUAACAACAUACUGGUGAUAGUGUAAGGUGGUGGAUGUACAGUAGUAGAUUGGAAUAAAGCGUCGCGUGGAGCCAGAAUUUUCUCUCAGUUCGUUUCUGGUAGUGAACAGGGUAUGUAUGAAUCAUUAAGUUCGAAAGUACCCAAGAUCUCGGAUUCUUACCACGCUAGGUUUUAUUAGUGUUCUUUUCGAUCAGUCGUUUUCGUGUAAGGAUUCACUGACGUUGUCCAAAUCGAGUGGUCGUUACUAUUUUACAUUUUAUCAUUUCGUCGAAAGAAUCACAUUAAUCAAGUUACCCUUUCUUUUUUUUUUUGUAUAAUCUUCGAAACCGGUUAUUUGUUGUAUUCGGCUACGUACUGCCGAAUAAAAAGUAUCAUUUUCUUCAAGACACUCUCGAUAUUCCUUUUGGAAGUCUUCGAGGGUCGUUGGCAACAUUCAUCCACUUUAGUUCUUCUUUAACUUCGAAUUGGACAACCAGUUGGUAAAAAAAAAUAAGUGAAGAAAUCAGAACAAUGGAUUCGACAACGACGAUACCAGAAUGGUUUAAGGAUCGCAAAGUUCUUAUUACCGGUGCUACCGGAUUUUUAGGCAAAGUAAUGAUUCAUAAAUUGUUAAUGAGCUGUCCAGAUAUUGGCAAGAUUUUUCUAAUCAUUAGAGGAAAAAAAGGUGUCGAUACACAAUCAAGAUUGAAGAUCAUAACCGAUGGAGAACCAUUUCGCGAGCUUCGAGAAAAAUAUCCGGAAAGAUUGAAGAAAAUGAUUGCUAUACCGGGUGAAUUAACGAUAGAUGGAUUAGAUUUGGCCGAAGCUGACAAGGAAAGAUUAUUGAAAGAAAUUUCUGUGGUAAUUCAUACGGCUGCAAAUGUUAAAUUUGAUCUUCCAUUGAAGACCGCAGUUAAUGCUAAUACGAAGAGUACCAUGAAUGUUUUAGCUUUGGCUAAACAGAUGCCUCACCUUGAGUCCUUCGUACACGUAUCCACGGCAUAUUGUCAGUGCAGCGAGGAAAUAUUAGAAGAACGUGCAUACCCAACACCAAUUUCACCUGAAAGUGUAAUAUCCAUUGUUAACACGAUGCCUGAUGACGUUUUAGAUGCAAUGACACCAAAAUUGCUCGGUAAACAACCGAAUACUUAUGCAUUUAGCAAAUCACUCAGCGAGGAUCUUUUGUACAGAUCUAAUUUACCUGCUGGUGUAGCACGACCCUCGAUAGUGAUAGCAUCAUGGAAAGAACCGACACCAGGUUGGAUCGAUAAUAUAAAUGGUCCAACCGGACUGAUGAUUGGUGCAGGGAAAGGUGUAUUACGUACGAUGCUUUGCAAUGGAGAUUAUUUGACGGAUAUAAUGCCAUGUGAUAUUGCUGUUAAUUCAAUUAUAGCAUUGGCUUGGCGCGUUGGUAUGGAAAAACCUGAGAAACCUAUUUUCAUGAAUGUCACGGAAAGCGGAGACAAUCCUGUAACAUGGAGCCAAAUAAUAGAAAUUGGAAAGAAACAAACUCUGAAUUAUCCAUUUUCUGGACUGUUAUGGUAUCCAGGUGGAAGAGUAACUUCAUGGAGAAUUUUACAUUGGCUUGCCGUAUUAUUUUUGCAUUUUAUACCAGCGUAUCUUUUAGAUGCUCUCAUAGUUUUAUCUGGAAAUAAACCAUUCUUAGUAAGAGUUCAUCAAAGAAUCACAUAUGGUUUAGAAUUAUUGCAAUAUUAUACAACUAGACAAUGGAUAUUUUUAAAUGAAGUGAAGAAAGAUCUGCAAAAUCGUCUUACUCCGAAGGAUAGAGAAACUUUCUUUAUGGAUACCACUGCCAUAUCUUGGGAAGAAUAUAUGCAAAAUUAUAUUUUAGGAACAAGAAAGUAUUAUUUGAAAGAUGAUUUUUCAACCUUACCUCGUGCAAGACAAGUUUUGUCAUAUUUUUAUAUCGCCGAUUGUAUAGUGAAAUUUCUAUUUGUGAUAUUUAUCACAUGGAUUAUUUAUUCUUGGAUGAAUACAUCUAAUGGAAUAACAGCGGCGUUAAUUGGAAAGAAUGAAAUUUAAAAGACAUUUUUUUUUUCAUCUUAUAGACUUUGACUUUAACUGUUUUAUCGAUUUAGUAGUUAACUGUCUUAUCGACUCGAUAUCAUUUGUUUUAUCGACUCAGUAGUAUCUACCUUAUCGACUCGAUAUUAUCUGUUUUAUCGACUCGAUGAAAUCUACCUUAUCAAUUAAUGACAUUUACUUUACCGACUUAUGGUAUCUUACAGUUUCUUGAUGUAUCAUCAAGAAUCUCAAUAUUUAUUAAUAAAUAAUAAUCUUUCUUAGAUAAAGAAAGAGAGAUAGAA